UAGGGACCAUAAUAUACAAGCCAAACCAUAAUAUCUUCUUGUCAAAUAAAUAAAAGAUGUUGAAGCCACAUCUUCAACAAUCAUCACAAUCCUCAAACACCCUCAUUCCAUGGAAUACUAAGCCAUCAUUUCCCAUAAAUAUUUUGAAUAAAAACUUUAGAAUAAAAAAUAAGAAGAGUUUUAGGGUUCAUUAUAAUAAUGUUGCAAAUAGCACUAAGGCUGUGCUUUCUACUACUACUACUGAAAAAUCCACCUUAGUACAAAGUACUAACGAAAAUUCUACAAGUGUUAAAGCUGUGGUGACUGUUCAAAGAACAAUUAGAGGAACUAAUUUAAGUUUAUCAAGAGGACUUGAUGAUAUUGGUGAUUUGUUUGGUAGAACAAUACUUUUGUGUCUUGUUGCUGCUGAGCUUGAUCCUAAGACUGGAAUUGAGAAGCCAAAUAUUGAAGCAUUUGCACGUAGAGGACGAAAUGUGAAUGGUGACAAAAUAUAUGAGGCUGAAUUUGUAAUUCCUGAAGACUUUGGGGGUGUUGGUGCAGUUUUAGUAGAAAACCAGCACCAAAAACAAAUGUACGUGAAGAAUAUAGUAAUUGAUGGUUUUGUCCAUGGCAAAGUUGAUAUUACAUGCAACUCUUGGGUUCAUUCCAAAUUUGAUAAUCCUGAUAAAAGGAUUUUCUUCACCAAUAAGUCAUAUUUACCAUCUCAAACUCCAAGUGGAGUAAAGAGGUUAAGAGAGGAAGAACUUGUGACAAUAAGAGGUGAUGGAUUUGGAGAAAGAAAAAUAUUUGAAAGGAUUUAUGAUUAUGAUGUUUAUAAUGAUAUUGGUGAUCCUGAUGGUAAUGAUGAUGGUAAAAGACCAGUACUUGGUGGAAAAAAAUUACCUUAUCCUAGAAGGUGCAGAACUGGUAGACCAAGAAGUAAAAAAGAUCCAUUAUCCGAAUCAAAGAGUGACUUUACAUACGUACCAAGAGAUGAAGCAUUUUCAGAAAUAAAGGAGUUAACGUUCAAUGGAAACACCUUUUACUCAGUCCUACACGCCGUCGUGCCGGCGUUGCGGUCGAUCUUUACGGAUCCCAAACUAGGGUUUCCACAUUUUCCGGCCAUCGACGCUCUUUACAAUGUCGAUAUCGAUCUUUCGCAACAUGAGAAUGGAGGAAAUGGCUUGUUGAACGUUGUAAGAAGAGUCAUUAGGGCUAUUUCUAAUACAAGAAAUAAUGUCUUGCUAUUUCAAACUCCUGAUAUGCUUGAAAGGGACAAGUUUUCUUGGUUAAGAGAUGAGGAAUUUGCUCGUCAAACCUUAACUGGUUUGAAUCCAUACAGUAUACGAUUGGUUACGGAAUGGCCAUUGAAGAGCAAGCUAGACCCUAAGGCAUAUGGACCUCCUGAAUCAGCAAUCGCAAAAGAGAUGAUUGAACUAGAAAUUGAAGGGUUAAUGACUGUUGAAGAGGCAAUUGAACAAAAGAAGUUGUUCAUCCUAGAUUAUCAUGAUUUGCUAUUGCCAUUUGUGAACAAAGUGAAUGAACUCAAAGGGACAGUACUUUAUGGAUCAAGAACUUUGUUCUUCUUGACACCUAAUGGCACAUUGAGACCAUUGGCCAUUGAGCUAACUAGGCCACCAGUAGAUGAUAAGCCUCAAUGGAAGGAAGUUUAUUGCCCAAGUACUUGGCAUGCCACUGGUGCCUGGCUGUGGAGGACUGCUAAAGCUCAUGUUCUUGCUCAUGAUUCUGGCUAUCACCAAUUAGUUAGUCAUUGGCUAAGGACUCAUUGUGCUACAGAACCAUAUAUUAUAGCAUCUAAUAGGCAACUAAGUGCAAUGCAUCCAAUAUACAGAUUAUUGUUUCCUCAUUUUAGAUAUACAAUGGAGAUAAAUGCCACAGCAAGAGAAGCACUUAUUAAUGCCAAUGGUGUUAUUGAGACUUCAUUUUCCCUUGGCAAGUAUUCAAUGGAGUUAAGUGCUGUUGCUUAUGAUCUUGAAUGGAGAUUUGAUAGACAAGCACUCCCUGAGGACCUUUUGAGCAGGGGAUUGGCAGAGGAAGAUCCAAAUGCACCAUAUGGAUUGAAAUUAACAAUAGAAGAUUACCCUUUUGCUAAUGAUGGUUUAGUACUUUGGGACAUACUUAAACAAUGGGUAACAGCUUAUGUCAACCACUAUUAUCCACAAACAAAUCUUAUUGAAUCUGAUAUAGAACUUCAAGAUUGGUGGUCAGAGAUCAAAAAUGUUGGACAUGGUGACAAGAAAGAUGAGCCAUGGUGGCCAGAGUUGAAAACACCUAAUGACUUAAUUGGUAUUGUCACAACAAUAAUUUGGGUAGCUUCUGCUCACCAUGCAGCAGUAAACUUUGGCCAAUACAGCUAUGCAGGCUACUUUCCAAAUAGGCCAACAAUUGCUAGGACAAAAAUGCCAACUGAGGAUCCAACAGAUGAAGAAUGGGAGAAUUUCUUGAACAAACCUGAGGAAGCACUACUAAAAUGCUUCCCUACACAAAUUCAGGCAACAAUAGUAAUGGCAGUUUUAGAUGUCUUAUCAAAUCAUUCUCCAGAUGAAGAAUAUGUUGGUAAAAAUAUUGAACCUUACUGGUCUGAGGAUCCCAUAAUUAACACGGCGUUCGAGGUAUUUUCGGGCAAAUUGAAGGAACUUGAAGGGAUUAUUGAUGCUAGAAAUGCUGAUUGUAAUUUGAGGAAUAGAAAUGGAGCUGGUAUUGUGCCUUAUGAAUUAUUAAAACCAUUUUCUGGACCUGGUGUUACUGGAAAAGGUGUACCUUAUAGCAUUUCCAUUUGAUACUCAGCUAAUGUUUAUGAAAGAUACAUGAAGUAUGAUACAAGCCCAAUUGUUUUUGCAA